CGAAAAUCGGGAGAUCGGUCGUGGUCCUGGUUAGGAAAUGGCCAUGCCAUGGAGAUAGCGUAUCUCCCAAUGGAUUGCAUCUCUCUGCCUAGUUGGAGGGGAUAUUUAACACGGCAGGUUCUCUGCUCGCCCUCGGAUCAGCAAAUAGCCACUCAACAGACCCGAAGACUUCCACAGAAAGAACAGCUUCGCAUCCAAAGUUGACGCCCAACGUUCUUUGGUCGAAAGAUAACCAAUUCUUACCACGUGUCCACGAGAUUCCGUCGAGAUGAAAACUUUCAGUCGAGAGACCACGGGCGACGAAGUUGUCAAAGAGUUCGCCGACCGAGUCGAGGGCAAGACGAUCGUCGUGACGGGCGCCAGUGAGAAAGGCCUCGGAGGAGAGACCGCCGUUGCCCUCGCACAUGGCAACCCUGCACACUUGAUCCUCCUGGCUCGCUCUCAAACCCGCGUGGAGUCGAUCAUGUCCCGUAUCAAAGAAAUCAACCCUGCCAUCAAGGUCGACUUCGUCCCUGUAUCCCUCGACGACUUCGAUUCCGUCCGAGCUGCCGCGGCCACCAUCAACGGCAAGAUCUCCAAGCUCGACAUUCUCAUCAACAACGCGGGGAUCAUGGCAAUUGAGAAAUACACGACCAACAAAAACGGGAUUGAAAUCCAAUUUGCAACCAACCACCUAGGUCAUUUCCUGUUCACGAAACUCUUGUUUCCCAAGAUUCUCGCCGCGGGGCCUGGAGCGAGGAUCGUCAACUUGACCAGCCUCGGCCACAAAAUCGGCCCCUUCCGUUUCGAGGCCUACAAUUUUGCCGGCGGUAAGGAUUAUGACCCGUGGUCAGGCUACGGCCAGUCCAAGACGGCCAACGUUCUCUUUUCGCUGUAUCUGGCGAACAAGCUUCGGGACCGUGGGAUUCAGAGCUACGCCGUCCACCCGGGCGGCAUAUACGAGACCCAGCUCGGGACCCAUAUCACUGAUAUUCCCAAGGCGCUCGGGAGCAUUGAGGCGAUCGCGCAGAAGAACACCGGCCGACACUUCCCGCUCGCAGAGGACCUCCCGAAGAGCAUGGCGCAGGGAAUCUCCACAACCCUGGUCGCGGCUUUAGAUCCUAGGAUUGAACCGCAGAGCGGCAUGUAUAUGGCGGAUUGCCAGUGUCAAAACACGUACGAGUAUGCGGAGAGCAUGGAGGGCGCGGAGAAGUUGUGGAAACUGAGCGAGGAAUUGGUGGGAGAGAAGUUUGACCUCUAAUGGAGGCUUCGGUAGCAUAGAUUCCGAUCCGUUCAGGAUCGCCAGAAGAUCGAACUGCGUAGAUAGCUAGGACUCGUGGUAGACGAAGGACAGAAUAUGCAUGUUGGAACUCAUCC